ACUUGUAUGACAGGCUCACCUAAAUCAGGCAGGCAAGAGAACAGUCCAUACAAACGGGUUUAACCCCUUUGUUGCCAUCAACAAAGUUCGUUUCCACGACAUCAUCAGGGCCUAUAUAUACCAAUAUACAGACAGCUAAACACAAGAUUUCUCCUCCGAACUCCUGACAGCGGUCUGAGAAAAGAACUAAAAUGUAGAAGAUCAGGAGCCAUUGAUUCAGACAUCUGGAAAAUUACAAUAGCGUGAGUGCAUCUCAGUCCAUGUUGGCCAAGCAGGUGUGCAGAUGGGCAAUGCAUGCUGGGAGCUAUACUGUCUGGAGCAUGGAAUCCAGCCAGAUGGCCAGAUGCCUAGUGACAAAACCAUUGGUGGAGGAGACGACUCUUUUAAUACCUUUUUCAGUGAGACUGGAGCUGGAAAACAUGUACCGAGAGCUGUUUUUGUAGACCUAGAGCCCACCGUCAUCGAUGAGGUCCGCACAGGUACCUACCGCCAGCUCUUCCACCCAGAGCAGCUGAUCACAGGGAAGGAAGAUGCUGCGAACAACUACGCCCGUGGCCAUUACACCAUCGGCAAAGAGAUCAUUGACCUGGUGCUGGACAGGACCCGCAAACUGGCUGAUCAGUGUACUGGGCUUCAGGGUUUCCUGAUCUUCCACAGCUUUGGUGGAGGUACAGGAUCUGGCUUCACUUCCCUGCUGAUGGAACGCCUGUCUGUUGAUUAUGGCAAGAAGUCAAAAUUGGAGUUUGCCAUUUAUCCUGCUCCUCAGGUCUCAACAGCCGUGGUGGAACCCUACAAUUCCAUCCUGACCACACACACCACUCUGGAGCACUCAGACUGUGCCUUCAUGGUGGACAACGAAGCCAUCUAUGAUAUCUGUCGUAGAAACCUUGAUAUUGAGCGUCCCACCUACACCAACCUCAACAGGCUCAUCGGUCAGAUCGUCUCUUCCAUCACAGCCUCCCUCCGCUUUGAUGGAGCCCUGAACGUCGAUCUGACUGAGUUUCAGACCAACCUGGUGCCCUACCCUCGCAUUCACUUCCCUCUGGCUACCUAUGCCCCUGUAAUAUCUGCAGAAAAAGCAUACCAUGAGCAACUCUCUGUUGCCGAGAUCACCAAUGCUUGUUUUGAGCCAGCUAAUCAGAUGGUGAAGUGUGACCCUCGUCAUGGCAAAUAUAUGGCCUGCUGUCUGCUAUACCGUGGUGAUGUUGUGCCCAAAGAUGUCAAUUCUGCCAUCGCUACCAUCAAGACCAAGCGUACCAUCCAGUUUGUGGACUGGUGUCCCACUGGCUUCAAGGUUGGAAUCAACUAUCAACCUCCCACUGUUGUUCCUGGGGGAGACCUGGCCAAGGUGCAAAGAGCAGUUUGCAUGCUGAGUAACACCACAGCCAUCGCUGAGGCCUGGGCUCGUCUGGACCACAAGUUUGACCUCAUGUACGCCAAGAGAGCCUUUGUGCAUUGGUAUGUUGGGGAAGGCAUGGAAGAGGGAGAGUUCUCAGAAGCCAGAGAAGACAUGGCUGCUCUGGAGAAAGAUUAUGAGGAGGUGGGCACAGACAGCAUUGGGGAUGAAGGGGAGGAAGGAGAAGAAUACUAAGACCAACAUGGCUCACUCUCCCAUCACUCUAGUUUGUGAAAGCUAUAAGCAUAUGAGGUGGGCACAGACAGCAUUUGGGAUGAACAGAUGGAAGGAGAAGAGUACUAAGACUAACAGCCCUAUUAUUUUUAAAUGUUUUUAAAACAAAGGCAUUGUACUGCAUUCUGUAUUAAAACAAAUUACACAUAUGCAGUAUUUUCAUUUGAAUAAAAUUUUUAGCAACAUUA